UUAUGUUUAUUUUGCUAUAAUUUAUUUGCGAAAAGGUUUACGUGUGUAUAUUAUAUAUAUAAAGUAUAAAAAUCGAUUACAAUAUAUCAUAUGAACGAAAACUACUAGUAAGAUAGAGUCUUAUACCGUUCAUCACUGAUGGGGCAAAACACUGACAAUCUUUGAAUGAUUUAGGAAAGAAUAUAUCAACGCUGUACAUAAAAACACUUUGACAAAAUCAAAGCUGUGGCUUAACCGGACAACAUGCAUAACGGAAAUAUAUUCCAGUCAAAUGCUACAAGCUCGUGACCACUUCCGCCACAUGAGCAAACAUCUUUGGUGUGAAAAGUGAGCAUAACAACAGCUAAACCGGUUCUGACACCCAUUGCCACAAAUACUUCAAAGAUAAAUGACCCAGAGAAAUCAAGGCUGACAGAUCCACUUUACCAUUUGUGGCUAAUAAAGAAAAACUCACAGAAUCAAGCAAAUAAAUGGGGAAAUCAGAAACGAGGAGUAUUAUAAAUCAAUUGCGGAAGAGAAAGACAAACUAAGCCAAAUGGUCAGCCAAUUUACAGCGCAAAUAUAAGUUAUUGGUCAAACAUCUGGUCAGUCAGUCCUUGUAAGGUGUAUCAAAUACAACUCUAUAAAAGCGCAGAGAAAAUAUCCACGGCAUCAAUACCAGCUGAACACUCGAUGCUGCUACUGGCUCUGUUAUUAACUUGGAAACUAUAAAUUGCAAUAUUCUUAAGAUGCAUUGAUGGAACAUACGUGCUUUAUAAAAUAGUUGAUGAAUAGGGAUCAGAGUUUAAGUAUAUCGAUAUGUGUAUAUAUUAAUAUAUAUAUACAUAUAUAUAUAUAUAUAAGAAACAUAACAACCUUAAUAUCUUGGAAAUAUAAUGGACUUGGUUUCGAAGUUGAUAUAGAUUUAUAGGGCUACUGGAAAUACAAGAUCUUGUUUCAUUCAAGGUAGUGAUUUCAUCAACUGGGAAGGAGAGUCAACCGUGAUUGAGUGACAAGAAGAUUUCUAGGCUUUAUGCUGUUAAUAUUAGACUUGAGAAAUAAAAUGGAAAUUACUGCCAUAUAUAUGGAGAUAGACGGGAAUAUCUUUUUAUAAACAUUCUCAUGGAAAUUUCAUUAUUUUUCAUUCGAUAACAAUUCCCGCCAAAGAAAAUGACCACAAUGGUGUUACCAACGGAAAAUACGUCAUUGAUUUCCCUCCUAAAUGCAACAUUAAUGGAGGACAACCCAAUGAUGGCAUCUGACACUGCGAUGCACACGUUCUAUAAAAACUACGGUCGUGUACAUGGAUACGUCAGUAAUGUCGUCUGCAUAUUUGGAGUUGUAUCCAACAUAUUAAACGUGAUAGUUCUUACACGCAGACACAUGAUCACACCAACAAACUGCAUCCUUACGGCCUUAGCAAUUGCAGACUUCUUGACGAUGUUGACGUAUCUUGUCUACGCAACGUAUUUCUACAUUGCUAAAGAGCCAAAAUGGGAGGUGGACCACUCACAAGGAUGGAUGUACUUCAUUCUUGUUCACAAUCACUUUAUAAUAACUUGUCACAACAUGGCUAUGUGGUUCACAGUAUCUUUGGCAGUGUUCAGGUACAUUUUUGUUUGUCACCACGUAAUUGGAAAUCGUCUGUGUAGCCUUAAUCGCGCAAUUCUGACCAUAUCUAUAAUUGUGAUAGCUACCACUUUUGUGUGCAUACCAAACUAUUUUCUGUAUAAAGUUGUUACACUAAAAGAAAUGGGAGUGAACUUGAGUGGUUACUGGAUUGUGGACUCUGAUAUCGUAAAAGAACACAAUUUCUUUAAAGUGUCCAUUUUCUGGUUUUUUGGUGUAAUCAUGAAAGUGGCUCCUUGUAUUCUCUUGACACUUUUGAGCAGUAUGAUCAUUCUGACAAUGCAUCAGGCCAGCAAACGUCGGGUUCGCCUUUUACAACAAACGAGAUCUUCUGAUCACGACGUCAAUCAUGAGCACAAUCGAACGACAUGGAUGCUUGUAUCUGUUGUGUUAUUUUUUGUGAUUACAGAGAUGCCACAAGGUAUAUUGGCCAUGGUUAGUGGGCUCAACGACCACUUCUUUUACGAAUACUAUUCGAAUCUUGGUGACGUCAUGGAUUUGCUUGUGUUGCUCAAUUCGGCAGUGAAUUUUGUUCUAUACUGCAUCAUGAGUCAACAGUUCCGGGACACAUUUAAGAAUUUGUUUGUCGUCAACUGGCCUUGUCGAAGUAAAAACUAUGGUAAAGUAAAUGGCCAUCAGAAUGGGGUUACACACUACAAAACUGUAACAACUGAGGUUACAAUGCUUUAAUUUAAGUUGAGACUAAAUGGUAUUAAAGGUUCUGUAUAUAGCUGUCCUAAGACUUUAAUUAGUAUAAUCAAAACUGUGUUAAUCACCGUUGUCAUAAGAUGGGGGAUGACUGUUUACCUUAGGCAAAUAAUAAGAGAUCACAGUAUUAAUAGAUUACAUAAUAGAAAUGAUAUGGCAUUCAUUUAUAAAGAACUGAAUGCUGCAAACAUCGAUCGAAUGAUUAUGUUAAAGGUUACAAAACUAAAUCAAUGUUUCCGUUUCUGUCUUAUAAACAUUUAAUACAUUUUCCUUUCAAAACGGAACAAUACAUGUACUUUAUCUUGCUUACACUUCAUAUAAAGAAACAGUCACAGAUGUGAAAAGUUAAAAUGUUUCUUCACCUAUCAUUAUAGUACGCAAAUCGAUUUCGCUUAAAUAUUGCCCAAGAGCUAAAUUCCUUUGAAAGAUAUUUUUGCAAAAAUUAGCAAUUCUUAUCUCUAACUGUUCUAGAUAAAUGCAGAAAAAUACUAUUUGCCUUUAAUGUGCAUACAUUGCCUGCGAGAGAUUGUUUUUAAUUACAUUAUAGAGUCGGAAAAGAGCCAUCUCCUGCUAAGAUAUAGCCUUGCAGUAUUCGCUUGAGUCCGGAAUGAGGAGAAUGUUUCAGUUAUUUAUGUGACAAUCAUUGUAUUAAACUACCCAAAGAUUGCCUUGCUUCACUAAAGUUAAUGACGCCAUUCACAAAAGGCUGGAUAAUGAUAAAGUACAAACUUACUAUGCCAUAUUGUAAAAACAAUUCACAUUAUAUCAUAUUUAAUUUCAUUCAAAAUAUGAGUUUUUAAUUUAGUUCAAGUUAUUUAUAUAUUGAAUGAAAUAAAUUAUGUCAAUUAAAAGUAACUAAAUGAUAUAAUAUAUAAAACCUAUCCCAAAUAUCUAGAAACUUCUUAAGCUAAAGGCUUGAGUAGCUUAUUUCAAUUCAUCAAAAACCGUACUUGAAUUUGGUUUUGAACAAUGAAAAUGGUUAAUUGUGCUCGUCAUGCAGAUAACUAACUAUAAACACUGUUAAACAAGUAAAUACUGCGCAAAUUAUAACGUUUGGCUUAGCAAAAUCAUGUUGUGAGGGACUUAAUAUGUUUCGAGAAAUUUCGGCAUGAAUGUUUACUAAAAUGUAUCAAAUUUAUUAUCGUUAUACAUAAAUAACUGUAUACAAAGCAUGUAAGUGUUAAACAAUUUAGAACUGUGAUAAAGACAUGUACAUAUUUGAGCUGAUUAUUAAGUUUGUUCUGAUUUAAGAAUAGUGAACGUUAUUAUAUACAAUAUAUUUUUCAUUGAUUGUUAGACCUUAUUGUGUACAUUUGGUAUUUAUUUGAAAUUGUUUUGUUUAAAGAAACAUCAUGUAUGCAUUACCGUAAUUUGCUAGUCUUAUUCAGUUUGUAAAUAAUGAGACUUUAACAACAAUUGAAAAUAAGAGAUAUGAGCUCUGGAUUGCUUUGUGUUUCAAUACAACACAAUACGUUUAAAAUUACAUGAGCAUAAACAUUUGCGUGGAAAACACACAUGGGCAUGAAAUUAUGACACAGACUACACACUUCUUUUUUUAUAAAUUUCAAUGUCUAAAGUGCGUUCAAUCAAUUCGUGCUCGUCAUAGAAAAAACUAUUACUCUAGUUAAUAUCGGCAUUGUAUACAUGAUAUUUGACGUUCAAGACAAACCUCGGCAUAUUGAUAUUUUAGGUGCACGCGACUGUAGUUUUGUCACCUGUUGAUUAAAAUUUCUAGUGUUUAAUCAAUUAAUUAAAUAUAUAAGAAUAUAAAGACAUUGCAUGCCAUUUAAACCAAAAUAAGUGAAAAAAACAUCGGACACGUUUUUAAGCUUAACUGCUACCAUCACCUUCCUAACUAGAGCGGAUGUACGAAUAAUGUCCUAUCAUUUUGACUAAGUAAAUGUUUUUGUAAACACUUGACAUCCCCAAACUUCACAAGGGGACACAAUCUCACAAUGUCUUUCUGUGGUAAAUAAAAUUGUUUUGUAUAUUGUAAAACCGUUUCUCUAAUUGUAUUUCUAUACUUUCAUGUCAGGAUUGUCAGCUUUUUCAGGACUCCGAUUUUUACUAUUAAAGUCACGAUUUUCAUAUUAUUUUUGAGGCAUGGUGUUCACUAUAAAACUGUUCAUUGGACUUAGAAGAUAUUUCUAGAAACUGUUUCGAGAAGGUGAUAAGUUUUAUUUGUCAUCUUAGUAUUGGAAAUAAAACAAUCAUUGUUAAUAUCAUUUUAACACUGUUAUAUAACGAUUUUGACAAACAUCACAUUACUGUGCCAUUACAUUACGAAUCUUAAUGUGGUCAUUAUUGUAUUAUCAAUAAAAAUCAAACGGU